AAAAAAUCAAUUCCAUAAUCAACAAAACGAAGUGGAAGAGCAGUCCACAACGGAAUAACAAAGGCGAGAAGAGCAGCAGCGGCUGAAGGUGUGCUUUUCUGCGUUGGCCCCGGGGUUAUUCCCCCAAUUUCGUGUAGUUCACGCUCGAGAAGAAUCGCGAGAAAAGUAAAAUCGAACCCGCAAUCAUCCAGCUCCCUGCCGUCACCGUGCACCGUUCGCAGUAGCUAGUCGAUACCAAGUGUCUCGGUCCGCCGCCUGUCCGGGGGAUCCACACGGGGAGCCUGAUCCGAUCCGGGCCAACAUAGCCCAACCGGGCGAGGGUACAGCAAUGUUUAGGCGGCGUGCGGCGAAAUCGGCCACCAGCCACCAGCAGCGCUCCCGGUACCGGUUCCUGCCCGCCGUGGUGCUGCUGGUGCUCGCCCAAUGGUGCCUGCUGGAUGCGGUCGUUACGGCCGAAUCGACCGACAUCGAGCUCGAUGCGAAGGCAAACAAAAUCCAUCAGAUCGAUUCGCUCAAUCUGUUGCUUUACACCUUCCUGCUAACUUUGACGGUGCUAACGAUAUGGCUGUUCAAACAUCGGCGCGUCUCCUGGCUCCAUGAGACGGGGCUGGCCGUGAUUUACGGCCUCAUCGUGGGAGCCAUCAUCCGCUACGCCGGCACCACCACCCCAAUCAUACACGUUUCGGUGGAAGCGGAACCGGAUGCCAAGUUCAACCAGAGCCUCCCACCGGACACGCUGUGGCUCAAGUUUCCGGGCAAUCUUCCGCACGGUUCCGACCAGCCGGUAAAGGCGAACAAAACGUACACGUACAGCUUUCGGGGCGAGCUGGGCAAUGUGGAGGAGAACGAGAUCGACCUGAAAGCCACCUUUGAUCCGGAAGUGUUCUUCAACAUCAUCCUGCCGCCGAUCAUUUUCCACGCCGGGUACAGCUUGAAGCGGAAAUACUUUUUCCGCAACCUUGGUGCUAUUUUAAUGUUUGCCAUCAUCGGCACCACACUGUCGGCGUUUUUGAUCGGUGCGCUGAUGUACGGUUUCGUGCAGCUGAUGCCGAAGCUCAAGUCGAGCUUCACCUUUCUGGACACGCUUUACUUCGGGGCACUGAUUUCACCGACCGAUCCGCUUACGAUACUGGCCAUCUUUAGCGAUAUGCAUGUGGACGUGAAUCUGUACGCGCUCGUGUUCGGCGAGAGUGUACUGAACGAUGCCGUUGCGAUCGUGCUAAGUGGCGCUAUCCAAAACUAUGGCGAACAUUACUCGAGCAACGGCGAGUUUGAAGGGCACGCGUUUCUCCGCUCGCUGGGCGAUUUCUUCAGCGUGUUUGCGUUCUCGCUGCUGAUCGGCGCCUCGAUGGGUUGCGUGACGGCAAUGAUGACCAAGUUCACGCGGAUACGAGACUUUCCGCUGCUCGAGUCGGCCCUGUUUGUGCUGAUGUCGUACAGUACAUUUUUGAUCGCCGAAGCGGCCGAGCUAACAGGAGUGGUCGCGGUACUAUUCUGCGGCAUCUGCCAAGCGCACUACACGUACAACAACCUGUCCGAUGAUUCCCGCACGCGCACGAAGCAGAUAUUUGAGCUGCUUAACUUCCUGGCCGAAAACUUCAUCUUCUCGUACAUCGGCGUGUCCAUGUUCACCUUCCCGAAGCACCACUUUGAUCCGCUGUUUAUUUUUACCGGUUUUAUGUGUGCGGCUAUAGGGCGUGCUGUAAAUAUUUAUCCCCUGUCAGCCCUACUAAAUAUAGCUAGAAAGCCAAAGAUUUCGUGGAACUUCCAGCACAUGCUGUUCUUUGCCGGCCUACGAGGUGCCAUGUCCUUUGCACUGGCGAUUCGCAACACGGUUUCCGACGCAAGGCAGGCAAUGUUAACGACCACGUCGCUCAUUGUCAUUACGACCGUGAUCAUCCAGGGUGGGGCAGCCAACUUUCUGCUCAACUGGUUAAAUAUUCCUGUUGGUGUUGAUGAUGAAACAGAAGUUCUACCCUACCAAGGCGUCCGAAGCGUGUACAAUUCGAUGGAGAACACAGCUGGGUCGAUCGACGUUGGUUUAAACCUUAGCCAACUGCAAGUUAAUAGGAGGGCAAGUUCUCUGGAUUUGGAAAAUCCGGACAGUGAGGGUGCCACCACACCGGGAGGCACAAGGAGGGGCCACGAAAAGGCCGUUUUAGCUCGGCUGUGGGGCAAUUUCGACUCAAGGUACAUGAAACCCCUGCUAACCCACUCGCGUCCAACAUUGCUCGAGACGCUACCCGUUUGCUUGAGCCCGCUGGCUCGUCUGCUUACCACCACCGAACAACUAACACAGGACGGGCCAACGCGUCGCUCGGACUCCGAUUCCGAUCUGUGCAUCGACGACGACGAUCGUGCGUCGCGCGGCGGUCCCGCCGACGGUACCGGCCGAAGGAAUUCAAUCAAUCGCCGACAGCAACAUUCCGAUGCGGCACACGAAGCUAACGAUGCGAUCAACAUACUAAGUAGUUUGGGAUCUAAUUUUAUGUGAAAUAGUAAACCACCAUCCGGUUAUUUGGCUGGUAUUUGGCGUAUGUUUGCAAACAAAAUGGCGUUAUAUAUAUGGGGUUAUGCUUUUUGUUUACCUAAUUUUCUUUUUUACUAUAUUUAGUUUUGUUUCGGUUGCAUGUUCUCUUUCUUUUUUCUAAAUUUCAUUUUCAUUUCACUGUUUGCAACAACAUUUUAUACAUUCUUAUCCUUUUGUUUCGUAUAUUAAUUGGCAUUGUAACGUUUAUUCUUACGAUUGUUUUUUUGUUUCUUCCGAUUUUUACAUGACUCUUAUCUCGUCUCUUUUCGGUGCGUUCGUUGGUGUGCAGCAGAAACGUACUGUUUAAGCUGAUUGUUGGCCCCGUUAUCUAGUUUUCCCUCCCUCUCUCUCUCCUACCUCCCUCCACGAAUUGAUUUGCUCAACAGAUGUGUGAAUGCAGAUGUGAACGUCAAAAGUGAAACGAGCAAAACUCGAUCAAAAAACGUGUUAAUGUUUUGCCAUAGGGUUUUAUUGUGUUUUUUUCUUCUUUGGUAUUAUUUAGCAUAAUUUUAAGUUUACAAAAUUACACUAUCCUGUUAUUUAGUGUUUUAGAUUCGAUAGUUUUUUUCAUUAUUGGGGUGUAUGGGUUUUUUUUUCUGGUAAAUUGUUUGAUCAGCGAGAAACGACAACAAUACAACGACCCUUCCGUUUAUAUGCUGUUUAAAGUCUUUCAUCUAAAACAUUUAUUGUUUUACAGUGUUUUCCAAGUCAGUUUCAAAUGUGGACAACAUUACUCACCACCUCCAAGAUGUUUUUCAACAGCUGGCAAAUGGUGUACUUGCCUCAAAAUUAAAUUUCAGUUCUUACACAUGAUUCUCAACACACCACAAAGAACUGUCAAACUCAAUCCAGCUUGAGACGUGUUGAAAAUCAUGUGGAAGAACUGAAAUUUUAUUGUGAUGCAAAUACAACAUUUGACAGCAACUGGAAAACAUCUCGCAAUCAAUGAAAAAUGAUGUAGAUAUUCGAAAUUGACUCGGAAAACCUUGUAUAAUUGAAUUGGUAACGAAUUAUGUUUAAUUUUGUAGUAUUCAAGUAUCAUUUGUAAGGAAGAGAUACGAAACCAAUUUUAAAGUAAUAAUUAUGAAUGGUACAAAUAGAAAACAUGUUAUUUUAAAACCGAUCUGGCGGGUUCUGUUUUAAGAAGUUAAUCAGUCCACGUUUUGUUCCGCAAUUCGAUACGAUUUUGUGCAGUAUUUGAUGCAACCAAACUGUUGUCAACAAUAAUCAUACGAUGCAGCUAUUCAGCUCUCUUGCAGCGAAUUUUCUCCCCAUUUUACGUUCUGGUUUUGAUGAUUAUUUAUCGCUACUACUUUUGUUUGUAUUUACCCGCCUGGUUUUUUGUUUUGUUUACAAAGAUUCCGUUUUUAUAGUUACCCCACACGAUUAGUGAGUAGUAGAUUGUAAUUUGAAGAAGAAAAAAAAAAGAUACAAAACUCCCCUCUGUGAUUGGUCAUUGCUUUGAAGAGACAGCAAAGCAGCAGCAGCAGCAGCAGGAGCAGUAAGAUGUUUCGACUUUGGUAGAUUGGAUUUAAGAAAGAGAGAAAAACAAAAACAAAAUAAAAUCGUACACUGUACUUAGUGCGUGAGUAAUACACACAGGUUUGAACGUUCGUUGAUUGUAAAGCUCAAACGUAUAAAUUGUUAACGCUUGCCAAUGUGUCAAAGAAUGUAAUGCAACACAAAUAUUGAUACAAUAUUCCCGUUGAAAAAAGAAAACCUCCCCAAAAAAAAACAAACGAAUACGCUCCACUAAAACGCUGCGUCGAGAGAGAGUGUGUGUGUGUGCAGACAUAUUGGUUUUAAUGCAUUAUGAGUUCCUUAAGUGAUCUUGCUACUAAAGCAGAGGCGCAUUGCGUUAGUGUACUAUCGGUUAGCGGUAAUUCAAGAUAAUUAGAUAUGGUGAGUAGAUGGGAAAACACAGAUACUGAAGGUAGAUUUGUAUAGCAAUGUGCUACGUUAAGAGUUUCGUCGAGCUGUACGUAAGUCACCAGCUUCACCGUAACCUCGAUCGUGAUCGAUACUAAGCCGACAGUUUGACAGGAUAGUAAACGAAGGUGCUAGCUAGACGGAUACGAUGGCGGAAUUAGUCAGCCAUCAGCAGUACUCGAUGCAGCUGCAGAUUGUUUAGUUAAUUCUUACGAAAACAAGGAAGAAUCCAAACAACCAACUAUUAUGUGCAUUAAAUACACUGAUAUUAAAUGAGA